ACGUGUAUCAAUUUCAUUCCUAAGUCCUGACCUCGUGUUCUCUAGCGUGUUGUCUGUAGUCUCUGACUCCUCUGGGCUUUACUGGUAAUUGAUCGUCCAAAUGGCUGUUCCUUGGGGCAACGUUGUCAAAAGCUCCCAUAGCUCUAUUGCGCCUCCUCCGACCAAUGUGACUUUGUCUCCUAUAAAUUUGAAAAAUCGCGAGAAAGUUUCCAAGAAAGUAUCGCAAAAGUUGGCCCAGAUUGAUAGCUCCACAGAUGAGAUUGAUGGACGGAAGUUAGUAGGACCGGCUAUUCAAAGAUCUUAUUCUUCAGAUAAGGAUUUAGAUUGGAAUCCAAUGAAAGACGAUUAUAUGUCACCAUCAUUUAAUUCUUAUGAAAAAGGCUCGAGAAAGCCUACUUCUGCAGACUAUACAUUAUUUGUUGAUAAUAUACCUGUCAGUUUAACACAGGAAGGUUUGAAGUCUCUUUUUAUGAAUUGUGGCACCUUGAUGAGAGUCUCAGUUGUUAAGCAACGUAACCCAUCACGCAAAACUACUUAUGGGUUUGUUAAGUUUACUAAUUCAAGGGAAGCUAAUUCUGCAUUACAGAAGUACAAUGGAUAUGAGAUUGCAGGAAGCAAUUUAAUUGUGACGCUAUCUAAGAAGUUUGACUCUAAAGCUGAUGACGAUUUGGUUUGUGAAAAAGUAGAUUCUUUUAAAUUGAAUGCUGCUCAAAGCAAUAGUUGUGACUCAUCUCCUUCACCUAAAAGUUCCAAUAUUGAUAAAGUUACUGGAUUGAAUUGUAAUAACAACAAUAUGUCUCAGUCGUCUGGUGCUGUGGCUGGAAAUGAUUCAUCUACACCACAUGACAUUAAUCUGUGUUCCAACUGUGUUUAUUGUAAUGGGCCUUCAAAUAGCUUUUGCUCUGUUUGUAAAACACCAUACUGUGGUGUUGAGUGCCAGAAGAAAGAUUGGAAACUUCACCGGACAAAAUGCAAGGGUCUUGCUGAACUAUUGGAUAGAUCCUUAACUAUGAAUCCCCAGCUUCCCACUACCUCCACAUUCAUGAUGGCUACAUCAUAUUCAAAGGAAGAAAAGAAGUGCCGUACCUCUAAAUCAAUGAUGAAAGAAGAGAUGAACAAGGAAGAGCAGCAGUGUCAUUUUUCCUCUGGUAACAUAACCUUAAAUGGCUCUUAUUUGGACUAUCUCAAUGCAUUUACUCGUUUGCCUUCGGACAUUGUUGAUCGAGCGUUGUGUUCAUCAGAAUUUUAUGCCUUUCCUCUUCAUGUGAAGUCAUCAAUGCAAUUGAGUAUAUUACCAAUAACAUCAGAUGCGAAGAUUAUCUUACAAGCUCUUGUUACUUUUGAGAAAACCGAACUCCCAUCACUUGAAAAGACGACUCCUGAUUUUACCAUAAGUAAUGUGUUUGGUGCUUUUUAUAAUGGGCACUUUUGUCGUGUUCGGAAAUUAAAGAAUGCAGAGUCAUAUUGGCAUUAUGAUGAAGCUGUAACGCUUGACAGUUUGUGUGCUGCUGAUGUCUUUGUCUUGCCCCCCAACAUUUCUUCUCUUCCUUCUUUGCGCUACAGAGCUACUAUGCUUGGUCUUUGUAACUGUUCAAAUGAUAAAGGCACUGAAUUUACACAAAAUUUGGUGGGUGGGAAGAUUCUUUUUGUUAAAGGUGCACAAUGGAUUACCAGUAAUGAUGGGAUACCAAUUAUUGUUGCAAAAUUUUACUCAUUUGAUGGAUUAACAAGCUAUUGUGAUAUGAUUGAGAAAGAAGGCUAUGCUUCUUCUUCGUCUUCUAAAUCUGUAAAGACUGACAAUGUAACUCAGUCAAGUGGUCCCAGUCAAUCCGAUCUUCAGAAUUUGGCUGAUUCCUGGGGUCUGUCCAAGUUUACAAGCCAAAGAAGCCAGCUAGCAAAGAAAGUUCCUUUACUGCCGAAUGUUCUUUCAUAUUCUAAAAUUUACUCAACUGUAAUAGAAUCCCCUCAUAUGAUAUGGGCACAGGUGUUUCACGAUGAUGUAUCCGAGUUUAAGAAGCUUAUGGAGGAAAUGAAUGAAACGUAUAUUCGUACUACAAAUGCAUCAUAUGUUCCUUGUGUGGGGGAUGUUGCUGCUGCAAAGUUUUCUGAUGGUUUAUUUUACAGAGCUGAAGUGCUAUCUGUGAGUGCCCGUGGUUCCGUUACAAUUCGUUUUCUGGAUUAUGGAAAUACGACCUCCUUAUCCUAUAAAGAUCUUCGACAUAUACGAACUUCGUUUAUGAGCUUUCCCAGGCAAGCUAUUCAGUUUUCAAUUGCAGAUGUUUUGCCUUUUCAUAGUACAUCAUGGAGUCUUGAAGCUUCCCAGUUUGUUAGGGAAAUAAUGCUUGAAAAGUCAAUAGAGAUUAAGGUUGUAUCAGCACAAAAUUCGAAAUAUCUGAUUGAGGCAUAUGAUGUGUCUCAUAAUAGUAUUGCAGAUCUUCUUGUUAAGAGGAAAUUGGCUUGUAAAAGCAGUAGUAAUGAUAAUAUCACUUCUGGCAAAAUUGUAAUUGGUCGUGGCAGUAUUUUCAAUUGCACACACACUACUGGUCAAGGUGUAGGUGUAGCAUCUGGUUCAAAUGCAUCUAAUGGCUACAAACCUCGUAGUCCUGGUGGCCUCUCAAAGAGUACAUGUAACUUUUCUCGAAAAGGUAGGACUUUGAAACAAUUUCAGUCAACUGAAAGAAUAGAAAGUCCUGUUCAACCUGUUAAUGGAACUAGUCCUAUCAGAAAGGAAGAUUCUAAUACUAACUAUGCUAGAUCUUCAAUGAAGUCAAGCCCGUCUGGCCGCCUUGCCAAUGACUGUGACUAUAGUUUACCAAGCGAAACUGUAGUAUCAAAAGUCAAUCAUAUGUCUGAAGAAAGUCCUUUCCCUGAUAUAUUGCCAGAAGUUGAUGUUUUGUCCCAGCCCUUGCCUUCUAAUGUCACUGAUGUAUGCAGUGCUUCCAGUUCCGAUGCUGAUGAGCCAAGUUUUGUAUCUAUGAAAUUGAAUGAUGCCAGUUGUCUGAAAUCACAGCCUACUUAUGAUUCAUUAGCGAAAGUAGAAGUUUCCUGCAAUUUUACUUCAGUUGUUAUAGUUCAUGUAUGCUCACCAAGUGAGCUGUAUCUUCAUAUUGCUGAGGAGCCUUAUAUUACUUAUGUAAGCUGUGUAGCAAAUGAUCCCUUUACUAAUUUAAAGCCGCCCACAAAGCCUCUGGUUGUUGGAGAUGUGUGUGUGACCAAAUUUUCAGAAGACCAGCAGUGGUAUCGUGCUGUUGUGACUGAGGUGAGAUGUGGAGGGGAGUAUUGUGUUCAUUUUAUUGAUUUUGGAAAUUAUGAAACAGUUCUUGCUCAGAGUGUCAUGGUUUGUCCUGAGCACCUUUUAUCUAUUCCAGUCCUUGCUGUGAAAUGUUCUAUUGGUGGCGUGGUACCUGCAACUGGUGACAGUUGGCAUCCUUCCUGUGCAUCAUUUAUUGCUAAUACAUUUUUAAAUAAAGUAUUGCAUUGUCGCUUACUUCAGUCUGGUUUGUCGGAUGUGGAGCUUCUUGAAGCGUCUUCAUCGGAGAAUAUUGCUGAUAUACUUAUUCAGCAGUCAUUUGCUAUUUCUUCUUUUUCAUUACAUUGUCCUGCAAAUGAUAAUACAGCUCUGUCGUCAAAACAACUUGUUCAAUCAUUUUCCCCUUCAAAUAAUGCCACUAUUUCUAACAGUCGUGUUUCCAUAGCAUCUGAUGCCUCUUCUCACUCACUGUCUUCGUCUUCAGUUUGUGCUGUUGCACAGAUUGGCACUGAUGAAAGUUCUCUAGAAUCUACCGGUCAUCAAGUCAAUUUAGCAGCUCCCUCUCCUGUUUUUAUGGCAGAAUGUGUGAAAAAGAUCAGCUUUCCUCUGUACGUGAAGCAGUUAGAUGCAGUUAUUGUUCAUGCUGAAAAUGUAAAUGAAAUUUAUAUUCUAUUAAGCAGUUGUAUGCCUUCUUUUGUGGAAUUUUCAAGUGUAGUUGAGUCUCAUUAUGAAGCUGCCCCAGAACUGCUUUCAUUACCUGUGGUAGGCCAGUUAUGUUUAGCUAAUAGUUCAAUUAAUGGAGUAUUCAGGGCUGAAGUUGUACAUGUCAACAGUGAAACAUUGGAGUGUGCUGUCCAGUCUAUCGACUAUGGAAGUUGUGAGGUGUUGUCUUGCUCUGCUUUACGACAAGCUGACAAUUCAAUCUUUGAUUAUGAGAGACAAGCUGUUAAGUGUGGGUUGACUGGUGUUGUGAAGGAUGUGGAUAUGGUGAAGGCUAAAUCUUUAUUACAGCAAUUUUUUAUGGACGUACAAGUUACUUGCUAUAUCUCUUCUCAUGUUCCUCUACUGGUUGACUUCAGUCGUGAUGGGGUGAUGUUUCGUGAGGAAUUGGUGAAGCAAUCUAUUCUUCCUCCUAUUCGAAACAAGAUGGCUAUUUCUCCGCACAAAGUUGUUCUAGACAAUACAGUCUUGGUAAUGUGUACUCAUUAUCCAUCGCCUAAUCAUUUCUGGGUUCAGGUAGCAAAUGAAGAAUCUGUCGCAAUUAUUGAAGUGUUAUGCAUCCAGCUUCAAGAACUGUGCCCUAAGUCUUUGCCAGUUUCUUCACCAGUUUUCUUAGGGGAUUUUGUGGCUGCCAUAUUUGAGGAGGAUAGACAAUGGUACAGGGCUAAAGUAAUUGACGUGUCUGAUACUGAUCCUGUUUUGCGAUUUGUGGAUUUUGGUAAUACGCAGAAGACACCUAUUAGUAACAUUCGAUGUCUCCCUCAGAGUUUAGCUUCGUAUCCAAGUCAAGCUAUUUUAUGUUGCUUGGAAAGCCAUAUAUCUUCCUGCAAGUGUGACUUGUUCAGAGAAUUAAUAGCAGAAAAGUUUCUCAAAUGUAAAUUUAAAGAUUGUAUUGAUGCUGGAGCAAUGGUGGUUGAUCUAACCAUUAGCGACAGUGAAGAGAAUGUAUAUGCUCUUCUCAAAGACUGAUUCAAUAACUCAUUCCCAUUAUGUAUUUGCUUUUCUCAUAGACUGAUUCAAAAACUCAUUUCAUUUAUCAUUUAUCAUGUUAUUCUCUCAUUUGAUUGUAGUGUGCCAUUUUUAUGAUUCUAGAUUUUUUCUUUUGUUUAAUCACAUAAAUCAAUUUGCCUUUACAAUUGAAUUUAUUGAUAGUAAAACUAUUGUUAUUCGUA